AUGCUCUGUGACCUGAACAGAGAGGUCAGUGUGCAGGGAGUGGGAGUAGGUCAGCUCUCAUCCUCACCUACUGACUUCAGUGGUAGAGUGUUGUGGGAAUGCUCUGUGACCUGUACAGAGGUCAGUGUGCAGGGAGGGGGAGGAGGUCAGCUCUCAUCCUCACCUACUGACUUCAGUGGUAGAGUGUUGUGGGAAUGCUCUGUGACCUGUACAGAGGUCAGUGUGCAGGGAGGGGGAGGAGGUCAGCUCUCAUCCUCACCUACUGACUUCAGUGGUAGAGUGUUGUGGGAAUGCUCUGUGACCUGUACAGAGGUCAGUGUGCAGGGAGGGGGAGGAGGUCAGCUCUCAUACUCACCUACUGACUUCAGUGGUAGAGUGUUGUGGGAAUGCUCUGUGACCUGUACAGAGGUCAGUGUGCAGGGAGGGGGAGGAGGUCAGCUCUCAUCCUCACCUACUGACUUCAGUGGUAGAGUGUUGUGGGAAUGCUCUGUGACCUGUACAGAGGUCAGUGUGCAGGGAGGGGGAGGAGGUCAGCUCUCAUCCUCACCUACUGACUUCAGUGGUAGAGUGUUGUGGGAAUGCUCUGUGACCUGUACAGAGGUCAGUGUGCAGGGAGGGGGAGGAGGUCAGCUCUCAUCCUCACCUACUGACUUCAGUGGUAGAGUGUUGUGGGAAUGCUCUGUGACCUGUACAGAGGUCACUGUGCAGGGAGGGGGAGGAGGUCAGCUCUCACCCUCACCUACUGACUUCAGUGGUAGUGUGUUGUGGGAAUGCUUUGUGACCUGUACAGAGGUCACUGUGCAGGGAGUGGGAGGAGGUCAGCUCUCAUCCUCACCUACUAACUUCAAUAGUAGAGUGUUGUGGGCAUGCUCUGUGACCUGUACAGAGGUCACUGUGCAGGGAGGGGGAGGAGGUCAGCUCUCACCCUCACUUGUUGACUGUUUUGGGGGAGUGUACUGAGCAUGCUCUGUGACCUGUAAUCCCCUAUUGUCAGUGGUGGAUCCUGUAUUAUU